UCCUUAAAAGCCCCCCCAUCCUUGGCCAUAGCUGGUGAGUGAAUCAUACCCAAUGGAAAGUUUCACCACACCUCUCUGUCUGCUCACACUCACUUCUCUGCUCUGCUCUGCUUCUGCACAACAUGGGAGAGGGGAAAAUCCAUCGGCCGUGGUUAUCGGCACAGUUUUCUGUGACACCUGCUCUCAGCGAAGAUUUGCAAGCACCAGCCACUUCAUUUCUGGUGCUACUGUUGCGAUAGAAUGUGGUGAUGGGAAAGGGAGAUCAACAUUUAAACAAGAAGUUCAGACUGACAGAGGAGGAGAAUUCAAAAUGGAAUUGUCAUUUCCUGUCAACCACAAUAGAACAAGGAUCAAGAGAUGUUCUGUGAUGUUGGUGAGGAGUAGCGAGCCUGAUUGCUCCGUCAUAUCAAAAGCAGUUUCCUCUGCACUGAAACUGAAGUCGAUAAGGGCAGGACUCCACAUCUUUUCUGCAGGUUUUUUCACCUUCAAGCCUCUACAUCAACCUGACGUAUGCUCCCAGAAGCCCAUCCUGACGCCCUUCAAGCAUGGUGCUUUCCCCUUCCAUGGCGUUGCUCGGCGAGGGUCAUUAAUCGCAGCAAAGCGGUCAAAGAGAUCUCUUUCAGGAAUUCUGAACCCAACAGGAUUCUUUUCACCACCCACAAUUCCAUUGAUUCCAUCACCACCAGCUUUUUCUUUCCCUUUUCCACCAAAUCCCUUUCAGCCACCGCCAUCUGUUCUUCCUAUUCCUCCACCAGCAAACCCAUUCCCAAAUCCAUUUCAGCCACCUCCUUUCUUCAGCUUCCCUAACCCCCCAAACCCAUUUCAAUCACCCCCAUACUUCCCACGAAUUCCAUUCCUCAAUCCGCCGCCACCACCACCGUUUUUCUCCUUCCCUCCAUUCCCUUUCCCUCCGAACCCAUUUCAUCCCCCUUCACCGCUGAUUCCAGGCAUUCCCCCAGCAGCCCCAGCUAAAACUGCAGCAAAGAAGGCCACUUCCCAUGCCUGAAUGGACCAAAAGAUCUAGAGAGAAAUGCGUAUUUGGGCUCCGCUCAAAAACAUCCACUUUUAUAGCAAUUAGUCCCCGCAAAUGGACAACAUAUCUGUUUCUGCAUUGAAUGCGUUAGCAAGUUUGCCAUACAUGGAUUAUGUUCAUAACGAACAGUAACGUGUAAUUUGCGAGAGUUUAGUUAUUAAGGGAGUUAUCAAGCAAAGUAGGUAGAUUUUGAAAUGUUUCUUUGGUAUCAAAAGUGGUAAGAUAAAGAUGUUCUAUGGUUUCAGAAGUUCUCAAAUCUGUUUACAAUUUUAGACAACCGGAUCUUCCAGAGUAAUCAUGCUGUAACUAGAAGACUGAUUGGAUUCAAGGAACUAUUAUAAAAGCUGAUGCAACAGAACAGCGGACAUCUGUUAGGCCAGCAUUCUCCACCGCUGCCAAAGCAAAGCAUUUAAAUAAGCGUAUGAAGGACACCCGGUUAUUGACCCUCUUAAUGUAAAACACUCUUUUA